AUGGAGAAGAAGUCAGGACCGCUUUGCUGGAUCCGGACUGGCAUUGCCCACCUUGCCGUGGCAUCUGCAACUGCAGCUUCUGCAGGCAGCGGGAAGGAUGAUGUGCUACAGGUGUGCUUGUUUACCUGGCCAAGUACCAUGGCUAUGACAGCGUCCAUGCUUACUUGA